CACCUGAUUGGCUGAAGGGCACGGCGCACGCAAAGCUGCACAUCUUUGCCAAACAAUCAGGGCUGGUGGAUAUCGAAUGCGUCCUCUUCUCCACAGAUUUCUUUAGAAAGAAAUCCCUUCAAGCAUUUCGUUUUGCUCUCGUUUGAAAGGAUGGCUGAAAGCGAGGUGGACACGCCGAGCACCCCGAUUGAAUAUGAGAGCAAAUACUUCGAGUAUCAUGGAGUUCGACUCCCUCCUUUCUGCAGGGGCAAGAUGGAUGAGAUCGCCAACUUUUCGUUAAGAAGUAGCGACAUAUGGAUCGUUACAUACCCCAAAUCAGGUACGAGUUUGUUACAGGAGGUGGUGUAUCUUGUGAGUCAGGGUGCGGACCCAGAUGAGAUCGGGCUCAUGAAUAUUGAUGAGCAGCUUCCUGUGUUGGAAUAUCCACAGCCGGGAUUGGAGAUCAUCCAGGAGCUGACAUCACCUCGUCUGAUCAAAAGCCACCUGCCGUAUCGUUUCAUGCCUACAGCGAUGCACAAUGGAGAAGGCAAGGUGAUCUAUAUGGCCAGGAACCCUAAAGACCUGGUUGUGUCCUACUACCAGUUUCAUCGCUCUUUACGAACCAUGAGCUACCGGGGUACAUUCCAGGAGUUCUGCAGGCGAUUCAUGAACGAUAAGUUGGGAUACGGCUCCUGGUUUGAGCACGUUCAGGAGUUCUGGGAGCAUCGCAUGGACUCGAAUGUUCUCUUCUUGAAGUAUGAGGAUAUGUACAAGGAUCUGGGAACCCUGGUGGAGCAGCUGGCUCGCUUUCUUGGCAUCUCGUGUGAUAAAGUCCAGCUGGAGAGCAUGGUGGAGAGCUGUAACCAACUCAUCGACCAGUGCUGCAACUCCGAGGCCCUGUCCAUCUGCCGGGGUCGCGUUGGACUUUGGAAGGACAUUUUCACUGUGUCCAUGAAUGAAAAGUUUGAUGCAGUUUACCGACAGAAGAUGGCAAAGUCUGACCUGACCUUUGACUUUAUCCUGUGAGGGAGUGACACUGGACUAUCCAGCCAGUUCACCUGCAGUGCUAGAUGUCACCUGAUGGACAUUCCCCAUCCAGAUUUGAUCUUUCCAUCGUUAAUAUCUCUUGCUCAUAAAUGCUUUCUUUAGUUCCUCAAAAGCUACUUCUUAGUCAGUACUAAGAGGCCUUUUUUUUCUCUCAUGUGUAUUUGUAUAAACAGUGCAUCAGCAGUGCUGGUCCAAAGUGUAAGCACAGUGCUUGUUGCGUUUGCACAUUGUACAGAGCUACUCCA